UGUUGGCAACAUUGUGAGGUUCUUCCAGAAUCAAAAAAGUGUGACGGGCGAUUAUUUUAUGAAUUUUGUGUUAAAUUUCAAUUAAAAAUGUCGACACUUGCAGCAGCUUUAUCCGUCGCGGGAACCAGAACCUCAGGAGCGUCAGUCAGAACACAAAAUGUAAUGGCAGCCGCAGCUAUAGCCAACAUUGUGAAAAGUUCCCUGGGACCCGUGGGUCUCGACAAAAUGUUGGUUGAUGAUAUUGGAGAUGUAACUGUCACAAAUGAUGGUGCUACCAUUCUGAAGAUGUUGGAAGUAGAGCAUCCCGCCGCUAAAGUUCUGGUAGAACUGGCACAGCUACAAGAUGAGGAGGUUGGAGAUGGUACCACAUCAGUUGUGAUCAUUGCUGCUGAGCUACUGAAGAAUGCAGAUGAACUAGUAAAGAACAAGAUCCACCCAACAAGUAUUAUCUCUGGUUACCGACUAGCCUGCAAAGAGGCCGUCAAAUAUGUGCAGGACAACCUCACAGUUACCGUGGCAUCUCUUGGCAGACCGUCUAUUGUCAACGCUGCUAAGACCACCAUGUCUUCCAAACUAAUUGGAGCUGAUGCUGAUUUCUUCUCCGAAAUGGUUGUGGAUGCCGCAAUGGCAGUCAAAGUGACAGACUACAAGGGUAACCCAUCUUACCCCAUUAAGGCUAUCAACAUUCUGAAGGCUCACGGUCGCAGCGCCCGGGAGAGCGUGUUGGUGAAAGGGUACGCUCUUAACUGCACUGUGGCCUCUCAGGCUAUGCCCAAGAAGAUCUUGAACGCUAAGAUCGCGUGUCUCGACUUCUCGCUGCAGAAAACUAAGAUGAAGAUGGGAGUGCAGGUUCUAGUAACAGACCCAGAAAAGCUAGAAGCCAUCCGCGCCCGUGAGCUGGACAUCACUAAGGAGCGUCUGCAAAAGAUCUUGUCGACCGGCGUCAAUGUAGUCCUCUGCUCGGGCGGUAUCGACGACCUCUGCCUCAAAUACUUCGUCGAGUCCGGCGCUAUGGGCGUGCGUCGCGUCAAAAAGUCCGACCUCAAGAGAAUCGCUAAGGCCACUGGUGCCGCCUUCUUGACGUCACUCACCAACAUGGACGGAGAGGAAGUCUUUGAACCUAGCAUGGUGGGAGAAGCAGCUGAAGUUGUACAGGAACAGAUUUGUGAUGACCAGCUGAUUUUGAUCAAGGGGCCGGUCGCGCGCACGGCGGCGUCCAUAAUCCUGCGCGGUCCGACGGACGCGUACUGCGACGAGAUGGAGCGCUCCACCCACGACGCGCUGUGCGCCGUCCGCCGCGUGCUGGAGUCCGGCCGCCUCGUGCCCGGCGGCGGCGCCGUCGAGGCCGCGCUCUCCAUCUACCUCGAGAACUUCGCCACCACGCUGAGUUCCCGCGAACAGCUCGCUAUCGCUGCCUUCGCGCAGUCCCUGCUCGUUAUCCCGAAGACUUUGGCCGUGAACGCGGCGCGGGACGCCACAGACCUCGUGGCCAAGUUACGGGCGUACCACAACUCUUCACAGACCAAGGUUGAGCACGCUAACCUUAAGUGGGUCGGUCUCGAUCUGACGGAAGGAGUCCUUCGCGACAACCUGGCGGCCGGAGUACUAGAGCCCGCCAUCUCCAAGGUCAAGUCCCUUAAGUUCGCCACAGAAGCCGCGAUCACGAUUCUCCGUAUUGACGACAUGAUCAAACUGGACCCCGAACAGAAGGGCAAGAGCUACGAGGAUGCCUGCCACGCGGGCGAACUAUAAAUACUUAAUAAGCAACGCUACACUCGCGACUAACGUAACAUUGGCUUAAGAUUAUUCCUAUAUUAAAAUGUCGUGUUAGCCGUGAGGUCAGCGGAAGGCGAUCUCAGUACUGCACUUGACUGAACUCAAAUACACAGGAAAUGGUAUGGCAUCAUAUCAAAGAGGAGUUUGUGUUCAAAGCCCGCCUCCCAUCACUAAAUUACCGUCAGUCACGUGAUCGUUUAGCACCUCGUUACGAAGAUAUCACUUGUUUGUCAACCAAUGUGGUGCUAAUUUAAAUUAACUAUUUUCGAUUUUUCUAAUAAAAUCACAAAAUAAUUAUUUUAUUCUAGUAUAAAAAAUAGUUAAAAUGUGCUGAGAUCAAUCUAUGACAUAAUAGAAUGCUUGAGGUGCCUGUAUGUCGAUGUACUGGUUUAGUACAUAUUGAGUGUAUAACUAACAUUUUGAGACCAAACACACUGUCUCUGAUGCCUUUAUUAUUCAAUCGUUUUACUUAUAAGCUAUAAAAUAGUAUUAUUGUUAAUGUAUGUGCAUCUUCACUAAAGCAGAUAUUAAUUAAUUUUCGUCAAGGCAUUUUUGGUUGGGUCAGUAAAAAGCUAGCGAACUUGUAUUCUUUUGGAAGUGAUCCUUUUUAUUGUAAGUUAGUUGGAAGAUUUAUGUGAUCAGAUAAAUAGGUUGUCAUCUGUAUUUGCGCAGGGUUAUACACCGUCACAAUAAGUUGCAUCCAUAGAAGGUUAAUUUAUUUUAAGAAACCGUCAAUGCUUUUAACAUUUAAUGCUAGUUUAUUUGCUAGGGCGUGUCGUGCGUCGUCACACUGAUAAUAAAAUUUUAAUACUA